AUGGACCACCACCACCAUCCCACCUUGCCGCCAGCGUCACCGUUGUGGAUCUUUUCGUCUCCAAUCCAACCCGCUCUUGUCACGGAUCUGUGGUUCCUGCUCCAGAUGCCGCGCAAAUCAGAGAUCGCCCGAACCGGGCCGACGCGUAUGAGCAAGGUGAUCGAGACCUCAGGCGGCGAUCUGGAUCGCAUGGCAAGCCACUUGCGCUCUGUCCAGGUCCUAGACGAGCAGUUUGAAGACUGGACCGAUGCGGCUCCCCACGUGUACCGUGCAAUGACGACGUUGUGGGACAACUUUAGUCAAUACUACGAGCAGGUCUAUUGCGUUGCCUAUCCUGCCGCGCCAACCUCCAGCAAUCCGCUCUCCGGCGUCACAUUCGACGUUUCAGGCGUAGACCAGCUGUUCAAACGCAUCACGCACUUCCUCACAUGGUGCCUCGAGAACACGCCCGGCAAGUUCGGCGAACAGUAUGUCAACGUGUUGACGUUUCGAGCAUGGGUAUCGAACAUGGUCAGCCUCGUCAUCUCAGAGCUCCGCCAACUUGACCGUAGCCUCGGUGUGCUCAUCUCGGGCUGGACGCAGAGAGGGCAGGAUGGACUUUACACUCGGCUCUAUUCUUGGGCGAGAUCCACCGCAGACUCGUUGCAGUUACGUCGUAAGCCCAAAAGGCGACCCUCCUACGGCAAGUUCGAGGCCAGUCUCUUGAUCACCCAUAUCCUGGAAAAUGCGGACUCGGCGCAUCGUUGGGAGUCGACGCUGCAAAAGGUCACGCUGGUCCAGUUCAUGCUGAACACUGGCCUGCGGCCUGGCGAGUUCUGCAAGCCGGAUCGUUAUCCAGACUUUUUGCGUCUCUGCGAUAUCGAAGUUCGAAGGGACAUCACGUCCGACGCUCGCUACGAGUGGCAUAUCGUCCUUCAUGUCGAGAAUUGGAAAGGGGGACGAGAUCCGCUCGACCUCCGAGACGUUCAGAACAUCACCUUGCAUCCCUCAAAGCAUACGCAAAAUCUACAGUUCGAGCUGGCCACUACGCUCAUUCCGGUCCUGAUUCAUCGGGGCGCCUUGGAAGAGCAGGAUGCGCAUGGCAAUAGCACAAUGAUCGAAAGCCUGGAGCAAUUCCUGCGUUCGAAGAGCAUGAUCUUCCGUGGCGUCGGUACCAGGCCUCUGUUCUGCAAGACAAAGAACAACAGCUUCCAGCAAGAACAGCCAUUAGAAGUUGCGUUGCUUCUUGGUCAGCUUGGCGACCUUUAUACCAAGGUUGGAUUGGGGGGAGGGGGCUCCUAUCAUUUUCGCUAUCAUAAGGGCGACAAGAUACGGAUCUUGUAUGGGGCCGCCGCGCAAUCCGAGGUGCUGCAUCACAAAACGUAUGGAACCCACGCGGACGUCGGCUAUGUUCAUUAUUCUGCUGGCAUGGAUGUACAUCCGGUCAACUGUGUCUUGCUGGAUGAGAGUCUGACCCCGGACGAGGAGGCCAAGCUGCAGAGGGCUGGAUUUUACUUCAGACAGCAGAUGUCGGAUGCGAUGGUUGCUGUAGUCCGCAAGUUUGCAGCACAGGAAGCCGACGUGGAAGAUGUCGCAAAGUUGGCCUCGGAAAGCAAGCUCUCGAUUGCGGGUCACGAAGAAGUGGCAAGACGUGUUCAAGCCGAUCCUACCUAUCUCGAACUCGAGGCCGAAAGUGCUCGUCUUACAGAGAGGCGGAGGAUGGCUCUUAACGCCUUGAGCCGAGACAAGGACAACGCUGCCCUUCAGGGCGAGCUCAACGCCAUCCAGCAGGACCUGUCGGCGACCAAAUGUAAACGCACAAAGCAGAAGGGCAACCUCGCCAGGCUCGUUCGGAAGGAGACGCAAGUCAAGUAUCGCAACAGCCUUCGCAAGAUGGGUGUAGGCGGCACCAGAGAUGAAUUUGCUCAAGCUCACCAGCAACUGCUUGGAAUCGACGCAAUGGAUCAUCUGGCGACGGCAGCUGAGAAGCUGGCAAAGUUACAGUGCGAGAAGUACACUGGUCUCCCUUAUCGCAGGGUGAGGACCUUCUUUGACCAGAACACGGCAGGUGAGAAAGGCAAGGGAAAGGAGGCCAGAAGCUCAGAAGGAGAAGAAACCUCGGUCGAAGGCGGCAUGCCUGCUAGCGACGAUCGGGCGGAAAACGGGGCAAGACAGGAAGAGGAUGAGGAUGUGGACGAAGAUGAGGAUGGGGACGAGGACGAGUUCGGAGACGAGGACGCUGACAUUGGCGAUGAAGAUGAGGAGGAGAAGGAGGGGGAGGAGGCUGCGGGUGGUAUCGAUGCAGAGGAUGAAGUGACUGACCCCAACGUUGAGCUCGCUGGUCUCAGUGGCGAUAUUGAAGUCAGUCGCAUUGCGGUCAUGCGCUUGUACUAUGGACGCCUCAAAGCAUCGGAUCGCUUCAACAGACUUGUGGAGCUGCACAAGGAGUCCGGAUACUGCGGCUUUUGCCCUCUCCACCAGGCCGGUCUCAAGCUAGACAGUGCACAGUGCAAGCUCACCCUCGGCGGGCCCAUAUUGGACAAGAAGGACAACACUCGCUUCGACAUAAGUCGGGAGCCAGCACAAAGCAAAAAGUACAAGAAGAAGGUGAUGCGGCACUUAAGGCAGUCGCAUCCCCUCCAGUUUGCAGCCAUCGUGGCAGGCGGGCCGAUCCCCCCCUUCGAGUUCGAGUUUGCCAGCCGAGAGGAUGAUUGUGAGAUGGCCGAUCUCGUCUCUGGGAUCCUCGUGGAGGAGAGCAAGGCACCGAGCAUCGAAAUCGAUCUCAACCACGAUGCAGCGGCCUUUGGUGCGCUGCUUCAAGAGGCCUUCACUCCCCGCUCGUAUCACGAAUGUAUUUGA